CUUUGCACACUAUGGCACAGAACAGGUACGCUACGAUACCUGAAAGCGAACAACAGAGUUCAAGUCGUUUCAAGACUUUUGUGAAUAAAAAUAAGCUUCCUGCUGUUAUUCUGUCUUGUAUAGUAUUGUUUAUCAUUUUAUUGGGAGGAUUAGCCACUUGGCUUCCUGAUAUUAAACACAUUACAAAGCAAACAAUCAUAGAAGCACCUAUUGCCCCUGGUAUUUCGAGUAAAUCUUUGAAAGAUGGACUACUUCAAUGCCAAAAGAUAUCAAAACAAAACAGUCAGUCAACAUGGGCCUAUCGAUCCAGCAAUCCACGCGCACCUCAAGAUAUUCAGCCUGUGCUUUUGAAAAAUACAGUUGUAUGGGACGGGGAAGGAAAUGUAUUGGAACAUGUUGAUGUCUUGUUAUCGAAUGGCGUAAUCAGCGAAAUAAAGCACGGUAUUAAAGUAGAUCAAAAUCUGACUAAGAUCAUUGAUGUCGGAGGUCAUAUCGUGUCUCCUGGUAUAGUGGAUAUGCACACACAUUUGGGUGUCAUGUCUUGGCCUAGUUUAGCAGGAACAUCAGAUACGAAUGAAAUGACACAACCCAAUGUUCCCUUUGUCAGAGUGAUAGAUGCCUUUAACCCAUCUGAUAAGGCAAUUCGCAUUGUUGCAUCUGGUGGUAUCACAACAGCCCUGGUUUUACCUGGUUCGAGUAAUUUGAUAGGCGGUGAAGCCUAUGCUUUCAAACUAAGACCUGUGAAUACCCAAAGUAACCAAGAUAUGCUUGUGCAAACAGGUAUUGAUGAAAACGCCGAGAAAAAGUGGCGAUAUAUGAAGAUGGCUUGUGGAGAAAACCCCAAGAAUAACUAUGGUCGUAGGCAAAACCGUAUGCCUUCCACAAGAAUGGGAGAAGCUUAUUUGUUUCGUCAAGCAUUUGCUGAUGCACAGAAGUUAAUCAGAGCACAGGAUGACUGGUGUUCAGCUGCAGAAAAUCUAUCUGUUGACACAAAUGAGCCUCGUCUCCAGACUCCUUUUCCUGAAGAUAUCAAAUUAGAAUCAUUAAGUGCAUUAUUAAGAGGUCAAGUCAAGCUGAAUAUUCAUUGUUACGAAACGCAUGAUAUUGAAGCCAUGUUGAGACAUGCUAAAGAAUUCGGAUUUGAAAUUAGCGCUGUUCAUCAUGCUUUGGAAGCUUAUCGAAUUCCUGAUGUCCUCAAAAGAGCCAACUAUAAUAUCACGGUUGCCACGUUUGCAGAUCAUUGGGGAUUCAAGAAAGAAGCUUACGGUGCUUCUACUAAAGCUCCUAGAUUACUGUUCGAGGCUGGUAUUCCUGUUGCAUUAAAAAGUGACCAUCCAGUGCUUAAUUCGCAACAUAUGGCUUUUGAAGCUGCUAAAGCAGCACAUUAUGGCCUACCCGAACAGGAAGCAUUCAAGGCCAUAACUUCUAUUCCUGCUAAAGCACUUGGUUUGGAUCAUCGUGUUGGCUCGCUCAAAGUAGGUCAUGAUGCUGAUGUUGUUAUUUGGGACCGCAAUCCUUUAGCAUUAGGUGCUCUCCCACUUCAAGUCUUUAUUGAUGGAUUGCCUCAGUUUGAUCAAAGACCAAUUGAGCCUAUUCUCAGUACUAAGAAAUUCAAUAAGCCAUCGCUUAAUUUACAACACCUUCAACACAUCAAGUUGAGAAAGAAAGGAAACUAUCUCUUGAAGAACAUUGGAAGAAACUUGUUGAAUCCCAACGCAACAGAAUCUUUUGUGGUUAUCAAAGAAGGACUUGUUUGUCCCAGUUUGAAUACGGAUGACUAUAAUCUUAGUCUCAAAAAUAAUAUGUAUGAUUCUUUUGAAAUAAUUGAUAUUCAAGGAGGAUACAUCUUGCCUGGCAUCAUUGCUGUUGGUUCAAAGCUGGGCCUUGUAGAAAUUCCUUCUGAAGGUUCUACAGGUGACGGUAUUGUUCCUUCAUCUUAUUCCAAAAGUCCGAGAGAUAUAGUAGAAGCUGCUGAUGGCUUAAAAUUAGGAACAAAAAAGCUUAAAGAAGCCUAUAAGGGUGGCGUCUUGACAACCAUUAGUGCACCCAUUUCCAAUCAUAUUGUAAUAGGCAUAAGUACUGCAUUCAAGACAAAUGCUGAAUUAAUACUCACACAAGGCACAUUGAUUUCUCGCAACGCAGCACUUCAUUUACAAAUUGGUGAUUCUGUCAAAUCAAGUCAAUUUCCUACUGUUUCCUCUCAGAUUGCUUUUCUGCGCAACAUCUUUAGAGAACAUAUGCAUACUGAUAACUGGUAUGGUAAAGCAGCUCGUGGCGAUAUUCCUACCAUUAUCAUGGUCAACAACAAGGACGAAAUUGCAUCUGUCAUCCAUUUAAAAGAGACAGUGAUUCCUAAAGCACGUCUGGCUAUUAUGGGUGGUGCAGAAGCACAUUUGCUUGCUCCUCAUUUGGCCAAGGCAAAUAUUGCUGUUGUUUUGCGACCUCAUUUAUGUACACCCGAAAAGUUCGAUUCACUUUAUUGUUUAACAGGUGCGCCCUUGACUAAUGGUACAGCAGCUCAUGUCUUGUACCAACACGGCGUCAAAAUUGGCUUGGGUGUUUCAAACGAUGGCUGGGCUCGUAAUUUGGUUUGGGAUGCAGGAUGGUUGGCUGCCACUAGUACAAAAAAACAAUCUAUUUCUGAGUUGGAUGCUGUUCAGUUUAUCACGACAAAUUUGCAAGAGAUCUUUGGUUUACAGAAACAGCCUAGUUUGAGUCAAGAGAGUUUUGUUGUAUGGUCUGGAAGUCCUUUGGAUAUGCAAAGCAAGCCUGUAUUAGCUUACGACAAAGAAAGCGGUUUACAAUUGAUCUAGUCUUCCAGAUAGAAGAGAAUUUAUGGUCGAGAACUAAAAAGUAAACUUUAAUAAAUGAGCCAAGAGAUUCCCCCUUUUUUUCUUCUUCGAUAGAUACUUGCCGAGUUACAC